CGCCAUGCCAAAUUUUAUUUAUUGAUGUCGCUGAUGUGACUAUUAUGGUACAUAUUUCUCACGCCUGCAGAUGUUCAACUGACCAUCAAGUUCAACCGAGGCCAGAGGACUCUCGUCGUCGUCCGAGACGGCGAGCCCGCCUCCUUAGCUCACCGUUCACAAUGGCGUCCCAGAUCGCUUCAUCUCACUCAAUCGCCAACACUGCAUCCUCCACGUCUUUAUCACCCAGUCUCGCCAAUCUGAACGCCCUAUCUUCCCCCAGGCCUUCCCAGCAGCGGCGCAUGACGGCUUCAGCCCUGCCACCUCCAACAUCGUUGAACCUGCCUGAACCUGUCUAUGGUCAUCCUGGGCACGCCCCAGCAUCACCCCGGCGGCCACCAUCGCCCCUACGCAACGAAUUUACCCACCGAAGAUUCUCAAACGGCAGCCACUCCGGAGAUGAUGAUGAUGAUGACGAAGAAGAGGAAGAUCGCACGUGGCCUCGCAGCCGUUCCCCUACCUCUGCCUCAGUCACUCAGUUCGCUGCGCAACUCGCAAACCGCGUCAAUUCCUUCAUCAGUCCCUCGGUAACAAGCAGACCUCUUCCGUCUGACGAAGAAUUGGAAGCUGAAGCUCAGAGAGAGCGCGACAGAAGUCGACGAGAAGCCGAACGUAUACUCACACGAGAAGCAGAAGAAAGGCGGGCUGUGGAGGAACGCGUGCUUGCCAUGAUGAAUAGUUCCCCGCAAUCACUUCCCCCUCCUCGAAGUAGAUCGCAGACGCUACCAAACCCCCCCUCUCCUGCGCACUCUCAGAAGGACAGUAGCCCCAGUUGGUGGACAGCCGCCAAAGCACGCUUGACUCCUACAAAAGAUAAAGAACCUCUCACUCCAGCCCAGCAAGUCAUAGAAGAAACUAAGGCUCGCGAAAAGGAAACGAAGAACACUAAAGGAAAGGACAAGGAAUGGCCUGCCUCUUCUACGAGCAAAUACACCAAUCCCGCUUACCUCAACUUGAAAAUACCACCAGGUGGCCCUCCCCCUCGCACGUCGUCUCCUACUUCCCCGACUCCAGUCCGAACACCUGUAAACCUAUCCCCUGCCCGUGUCACACAAGCUCCGAUCAAUCUCUCGCCCGCCUCAAUUCAGAGAGGAACUUCUCCAGGCGGCUCACCUGCUCGCGAGCCACCUCCACUUUACGCUUCGUUCACACCCUCGGGUACUCUGGAUGUACCAGGUACACUGCUACUAAUUGCGAAGCGCUUCGAGAAGCUAGAGAGAUGGAGUGUCACCCACGUGCGUGCGCUCGAAGAGCGUAUGGGUGAUGUUGAGCGCUGGCUGGUCGACAAGGAAAAUCAACGCAGUACGGAGAGGGAGUCUUCAAACACCGAGAAGCCCUCUCAUGAGUCUGAGCUGGCUGCUAUUCGAGGAGACGUCACUGAGCUACAGUCUCGCACAUCAGAGCUCGGCCGAGAGAUGGCACGCCUUGCAACAUCUCCUGCCGUUAUCUCCUCUAAUGGUGCCAUCCGUAGCUCGCCAGUCAUGAGCACCGCCCCUCCGAUGGAGUCGUCCAUCGUCAGCCCUCAUGAAUCCACCUUCUCUAGCACAGCUGACGGCACAUUCUCCGAAUUUUCAUCCUCUAAUACUACUUCGGCUCUAGAAAAUAUACGCAGUCUCUCCACUCCCCGCCGUGCACCAUCUCUUACAGCUCGCGAGUCGACGAGUCCACCCCUCGCUCGUGCGUCCACACGCCGUACACCAUCAGGGUCCAGGACGCGUCUUCCAUAUCCAACGGGCGACUACACCAGCCCGGGAGAACUAAUAUCCCCACCUCACACUCCAGCUAGUUCGCCUCCACUACCGGCACGUCCUACAUCUAUGAUGAUUUCGGGAUUGCCAGCUUUAUCCAGUCCGUUGGAACUCCCCGCUGCACUCUCUCCGCCUGGUCAAGUGCCAUCCCCUAGCCCGAGUGGCCUGCCCCCUCCCAGUAUGCAUAGCCCCCGCCGAGGCAGCGUGAGUCCUUCGCCUAUGCAAGCAGGGCGUAAGCGAUACACCGUCGCCCUUGGAGGACCCAUUGUAGCACCCGCUGAAGCUGAGUUCGACUACGAGAGCGAGCCUUCGGGCUUUGGCACACCAUCUUUCUCCUCUGCACUGGAGAGCAGUGACGACGACGAAGAUGACCAAAUUGCCGCAGAUAAUACCAUAGGGAAGAAAUCCGCGUUCCGUGCGAUGACUACUGCAAAGUUUGGUAGCGGUGAUUUGGCGAGCGCUGCGCCUGGUAAUAACAGCCCAGGUAACCGUACCCGCGCGCAGUCCACAUAUGCUGGGUUCGCGAAUCCACUGCAGAGUAACCAAUCGGUGUCUUCACAGUCAUCACACCGUUUCCGAUCGCAGUCCAUUGACUUCCGGUCGGAUAGCACGUUUGGUGGCGACCAAGCCAAAUUUGUGGAUCCGCUUGUUCUGCGGCGGCAGGAGAAAACGGAGAAGGGAAAGGGAAAGCCUCUAGUGGGUCCAGGAAAGAAGGUUCCUGUAGGACAGCUCGUGGCGUUCUUUGAUUCAGAGCGUCGCUGAGUGCGCGCUGUUAUUUUUGUGAUGAUGUUUGACUUUCACGCUUCCAUCUCAUGACCUUGGAAAUCUGAUUAUUUCAUGACUGACUUGAUCUCAGAAUUAUUUCAUGGUUACAUACCACAGUAAUGGUUAGUUUUCGUUCGUGUAAUUUUGAUUGUUGCUAUCGUUGCUUUUGAGCUAGGGGUUUACUGCUAUUGCAAAAGGAUAAACAUGCAUACUUGCUCAGUUGGUACGAUGCCUUAUGCUUGUGUUGUCAUGCUUAAUAAUUAUCCGUCGCA